UUCUCAUUUACUGUCCUUAAGUGUGUUCAUUGACUAUGGUGUAAUGUGUUUCAUCAACUGUUUACGGGUUUUUAUUAGCAUAUGUCUUAUCAUUGGAAUCUCAGGUCUAAGAUGUCCCCUAUACUGGCAAUUACAGAAUGGCGAUUCCUGUUACCGGUUUAGAUUUAGAAAUUUGUUAUCAUGGGGGGCUGCGGAAGCAUGGUGUCAAUCUCAAAACGCACAUCUAGUCAAAUUAGAAACUGCCACGGAAAGGGACUGGGUAGCAGGCAAUUUACUGAAAGUACAACAAAAUAGUAUACGCAACAACACCAGUAUUACAUCAUUUUGGACUGGGUUGAAUAACAAUGGAACCUCAGGUGGAAACUUUGUAUGGGCAGACGGAUCGGCAGUCGAUCCUACAGUAGUGAAAGGACAGUCUAUUGUUAUAUCUGCACAACGAGGAAGAUGUGUAAAAUUUGUAAACAACAAAUUGACGAAUGUCAAAUGUGCAGAAUCAAACGGUUACAUUUGCGAGCGACAUAUUGGAAUUCCACUGACGUGUGAAGCCGAUAGAAAAUGGCAGUCGUUUAAUAAUUUCUGUUACAGAGUAUAUGGUCAAAACGGCGCCACCUGGGAUGGAGCCCAACAGCAGUGUGAUCAACAAGGAGGGAACCUGUUUACCGUAGAAAGUUCUUCCGAGGAAACUGUAAUACACGACUUCAGUGUAAAUCUUCAGAAAGAUUUUUGGAUAGGGGUUAAGUCAUAUCCUCAGGGGAAUAGUUAUACCUGGUUAUUGGCAAAAGGCAAUGAAACUUUAACCCAAAGGUUAGCUUACUGGUCACCGAUACCUGUUCUUCAAAGCUCUCAGUAUAACAAUACGUGUGUGUAUGUAAAAUAUAGCACCGAUUCAUCUGCUGUAGCAUGGACAACAGAUACGUGUGCAACAAAAAGAAAUUUCGUGUGUAAAAAACCAGAAGGAACUUGUCAGCCAGGUUGGUUAGCUCACCAAAAUAGAUGUUACCAGUUCAACACACAAUAUACGUUGUCAUGGCAACAGUCCGACCAAUAUUGUAAAACCCAAGGCGGAAGAUUAGUAGAAUCAUAUGGAAAAACUGCCACCACUUUUAUCAAUUCUUACCUAUCUCAGUUUCAAGAUGCUCGUAUCGCUUCAUUCUGGAUUGGUGCUACAGACAACAGCACUAAUAAUUACACGUGGUCUUAUGGACAACAGAUUAAAUAUCAAAACUGGGCAGUUAAUCCUCCUGAUAAUACAGCAAACAGACAAGACUGCGUCUACAUCGAUACAAAUGAUGUAAAAGGGUUGUGGAGAACAACAUCUAAUUGUGGUGUAACGAAACCGUUUAUUUGUAUUAUUGGCUUUGAUCAACCCGUGCAAGCGGUGACAACACCAACACCUACCUUGAUAUGUGAUGAUCACUGGACAUUAAAUAGUGGGCGGUGCUUUCAGUUUAAUGACACAAAGAAAAAUUGGUUAGAUGCUCGAGAGUCAUGUCAGAGUCAAGGUGGUGAUCUAGCUACUGUUGAUACUGAUGCUGUAAACAGCUUUGUCAUAGGUCUUAUCAACAGAAAUGACAAUGAGUAUUGGAUUGGUCUAAACGACAGAACACAAAAUAGGAAAUACAUUUGGAUACAAUCUGGUGCACAGCUGUCUAGCUUCAACAAAUGGUGUAAAAAUGAACCAAAUGAUUAUACGGGAACUGAAAGCUGUGUACAGUAUUUCACUACAAACUUGUGUUGGAAUGACCGAGGCUGUUCUGCACAACUGAAAUAUAUCUGCCAGAAAAGUCCACGAAAUAUUCCACUUGGUCCCCCAGUAACUACAGCUGCAGCGCAAAUUAGUGCAAAAUGUGGUCUCGGUUGGCAAGAAAGACCUCAAUCACAGUACUGCUAUAGUUUCCAAGGUGAUUUACUAUCAUGGCAAGAUGCCAGACAAGUUUGUCAGAAGAUGGGUGGUGAUCUAGCCAGCGUACAUGACAGAGCAGAGCAAGUAUAUAUUCAAACACAAUUAUCAUCUUCAUUUUCAAUGUGGAUGUGGCUUGGAGGCACCGACAGAUCAAAAGAAGGAGGAUGGUCAUGGUCAGAUGGGACACCAUUUCAGUUCUUGAACUGGGCAGGAGGCGAGCCCAAUGGCGAUAGAAGAGAGAACUGUAUACAGAUAUAUACAACUUUAAGAGACCAACAGUGGAAUGAUGGACCUUGCAAUGGCAGACAAGGUUUUAUUUGUAAAAAAAGUUAUGGAACAAUCACUACAAUACCACCUCGUGCAACACCUCAAGUUCCAGCUGGACAGUUUCUUGGGUGUCCUAGUUUCUGGAAGAAACAUGGCACCUCCUGCUGGUUAUUUGUUCAAAAGAUGGUUCCUGCAGAUGUUGCUAGAAAAACGUGCCAGCAAUAUGGUGGAUACCUCGCAACGGUUAACAGUCAAGACGAACAGAACUUCAUGAAUGCUAAUAUUCCAAAACCAAUGAAAGGAACAACAGGAAUAUUUAAUGGUGGGGCUGUAUGGAUUGGUCUCAGCGAUCGGAUAACAGAAAACUAUUUCGUAUGGGAUGAGGGCAGGCCUGUUACUUAUACGAACUGGGGACCAGGUGAACCAAACAACUGGCAAAACAAGGACGAAGACUGUGUUGCAGUUUGGUUACUGGACGGUAGCUGGUUUGAUAUAACAUGCAAUACACCACUCCCUGGGUAUGUUUGCAGAAAAAGUGCACAAGUUGUGGCGUCAACAGGAGUCGAUCCACUUUUGAAAGGUUGCACAAAGCCAUAUAGAGGUAUUGGUUAUGGAGCAUCAUGUUAUGCCUUACGUGAUACUAUAUCAGGCGCUACACCAGUUAGUUGGCAAUUAGCACAGUCAGCAUGUCAAACGACAUUUGGUGGACAACUAGCCACUGUUAAUGACAGAUAUGUACAGUCAUUUCUGGCUAGUUAUAUUGAUACUAGGAAGGAUAACUUCUGGAUUGGUCUUUCUGAUCAAGUAACUCCAGGAACAUACGCAUGGAUUCAGGGUCAAGCUGAUAAGUUUACUUUCUGGAAUAGUAAUCAUACUGGCAAUGAAAGAAACACUUGUGUUGUCAUGAGAACUAUGCAUCCGAUUGGUUUGUGGGACAACAAACAAUGUACUGAGAGUCACAAUUACAUUUGUGAAACACCAAGAACUGGUUUCACACCUGCGCCAACGACAGCACCUAAAAUUCUUCCUUGCCCAUCAGGCUGGAAAUCUUUUGCAACAUUUUGUUACAAGUUAUAUAAUCAGAGAAUGACUUGGCUUCAAGGUCGUGAUUAUUGUAAUGGUUUUGGAGGGGACCUUGUUAGUAUACAGAGUCAACCGGAAGCAGACUUUAUAAAGUCAAAUUAUAUUUCUAGGAACACUGCCUGGCUUGGUAUAAAUGACUGGGAUGUUGAAAAUAAAUGGGUAUGGAGUGACAAAUCUGCAGUAACCUUUACUGCAUGGAAUCGGGGUGAACCAAAUAACUACAACAAUGAAGAUUGUGCAAUGGUUGUACAAAACGGAAAAUGGGUUGACAUUAAUUGUUUUUCCAAUCAACCAGUCAUUUGUAAAAGACUAAUGGGUACACCUUUUGUGACAACCGUUACACCGCCAAUAGGAAUCACAUCAAUUGCAUGCGGUGUAGAAAAUAUGUGGUUGUUCUACAAUGGUUCAUGCUACAUGACAAGUCCUGUUGGAAGAAAUUCACAAUUAAGUUGGUAUGACGCACGAAAGUACUGUAACAGUUUUAGUUCUGAUCUAGCUAGUAUCCAUACAAAUGAUGAGAACAGAUUUGUGUAUUCCAUAGCAAAGAAGAAUAGAGAAGAAUAUUGGAUUGGAUUAAAUGAAUUGGAAAAUCCAGGAAAAUUGAAAUGGAUAAACAAUGAUGCAGUAGAUUUUAUUAAUUGGGAUCAAAAUGAACCAAAUGAUCAGUAUGGGGCAGAAAGAUGUACUGCAAUGAAAGCAAUUAAUGGCAACUGGAUGGAUGACAAUUGCAAUAUGAAAAUGGGAUUCAUUUGUAAGAAAAGAGUCGGAGAAGGACCACCAACGACUACAUCUCCACCUGCUCUCCCAGGAGGAUGUCGUGAUUCGUUUGUUCCCUCUCCAUUUAGUAAUAAAUGUUUUUAUCUCAGUAAUUCUACAGCAUUAAUGACAUGGAACCAGUCAUUAAAAUUCUGCCAGACACACUUCCAAAGGCCCUAUGACAUGGCAUCAAUUAGCGAUGAGAUGGAACAAGCUUUUCUAACAUCGUUGGUACAAGGUCUGAAAAGUAAUGUUUGGAUUGGUCUCAAUGACCUGCGAUUCUCCCGACAGUUUGUUUGGCAGGAUAACUCCCAGUUUAAGUAUAAUAAUUGGGCUGAAAGAGAACCAAACGGACGAAAUCGAAUAGUGAAAGGAAUUGGGUUCGUUAAUCAGGAAAAAUGUGUAGAAAUGUACACACAGGGUUAUUUAGCAGGAUCCUGGAAUGAUCAAAAUUGUGAUUUACAACGGUACACUAUUUGUGAAGGGAAGAAAGUACCUGGAUUACCUGACACUGGUACACCAAAAGGAAGCUGUAGUAAACCGGAGUAUACUUUUCGUGGAACUAGUUGCUACAAAUUCAUUGGAUCACCAGCAGCUAAUUGGCAAGAUGCAGAAACAAAAUGUCAAGCUGAUGGUGCUGUUCUGGUAACAAUAAAUGAUCUAUAUGAAAAUGCCUUCGUAGAAGCCAAUAUGGGACCUAAUGUAGACUACUGGAUUGGUUUUAAAUAUAACAGGGAUACAACAAGUUUUGCUUGGCAGCGUAAUUGGCCUGUAAAAUUUACAAAUUGGGCUUUUGGGGAACCUAGUAAUGGACCAUUAGAUUUGUGUGUCAAAUCCAUGAAUGGACAAUGGGACAGUACUGGUUGCACUCGUUCGAUGGGAUAUGUUUGUGAAAUUAAUUCAGCUCCUCUUCCACCUGUAACAAGUGCACCAAAUGGACAUUGUAAAAACCCAGACGAAACUAUUUACAAUAACUUCUGUUAUUACUUCAGUCCACUUACAUACAUGGAUUGGCCGUCUGCAGGUUAUACUUGUACAAAGCGUGGGAUGGAUCUUGUUAGUAUAACGAGUGCUAUUGAACUGGAUUAUGUAUUUACUACUUCGCUUAAUGCAAGGAGUAGAAACGGAAAACACAUAGCUCAGAAUAUAUGGAUUGGACUGAAUAAAGGAUUGCAAAGUAGUUUCCAAUGGACCGACAACACCCCCUACAGUUACAAUAACUGGAAUGUCGGAGAACCAUCAGAUCCUAUCAAUUCAACAACUGAGGAAUGUGUAGAAAUGUACAGAGAUAGCGCAAAGUGGAACGACGUUAAUUGUUUUAAGAAAAAUGCCUUUGUAUGCAAAGGCAGAGCGGUACUUCCUUCAACUUUAAACCCGCCAUCGACUAUAACACCUGGUGUGACAUUCCCAACCUUUCCAAAUAUAUUCCCAGUCACCACUUUUGGACCAAAUGGCCAACCCGUUGGAACAACAAAACGACCAACAUCAAAACCUUUAUCAGGGAUUACAUUUGCUCAACCAACGGGUCAUAUGACUGGUCCAAAUGGAUAUUUACAAGAUAGAUUUGUUAAUAAAAAGCAUGGAUUGACAGGCGGUCGUUUAGCUGCAGUCAUCAUUGUUAUUGUUCUUGUCUUAGGAAUAGGAGCCCUCUUCGGAUUUCUAUACUGGCGAAAGAGAAAUCCAUCUGCAAGUACAAGUGGAAACGGGGCAUCAGGCGGGGGAUCGGGAUUUGAUAACGCACUUUUUAAUAAGGAAAACGAGGAAGUCAAUAUUGACAGUACUGCAUAAUGAUGUUAGACUGAUCGAAAUAAAUAAUGCAUAUGCAAUGACAAAUAUAACAUUUUAUACAAACGUUAGAAAGUAAAAGUGAAUGGUUAUAUUUGUAUGUUUAACAAGCUGUAAAUGAAUGCCAGCAUAAUUGGAUAUGAAUCAAAGAUUUAACCUUUAUUUUCCACAUGAAAGUUGUUGUCUUAUAUGUUCCCAUAAUACUCAAAAUUCAUAUUUUUUCGUAAACAUUAAAUGUUACUAAUAAAAACAUAACAUAUGAAGACAAAAUAGCAAAACUCAUUUCAUAAGAAUGUAAUUAUAAAUUAGUAUUAUGACGAAAUUAAAAUUGUUAUUUAGAGGUUCA